UGGUACUUUUGCAGAGAUUGUUGGGUAGUUUUUAGCCUAAAAGAACAAACCAAAAAGUAGAGUGGCUGCAGCACAAGCACAAGCACAAGCAGAGGUUCUUGUUUCCCGGGCCACGCCGCUCGUAUUUAUUGCUUUGCUCCUUCUGCGCCUUGAAACCCUUCACUUGACUUGAGAGUUGAGAUCUCGAGAGCAGCCUUUCUUUCCUCCGCCAUUUUCUCUGGUAGACCAAACCCUCAUAGCAUUUGGCUAUUGGGUUCAAUACAAAGCACUUGAGUGAGGAGAUUUUGGGUUUGUUUUGUAUGCGCUCAAAGGUGUGAAAGCUGGCCUUUUCAAAUAUAUUGCAUUGCCCAACACAAUCACAGGAGGGUCGGCUAUAUUCAACAAUAUCACUCUUGCUUUGCAUUCAAACCGAGCUGGAGGGAGUGUUAGAAUAUAGUGUGUUUUUUUUAUAUGUGGAAUAUUGGUCUUAAGUGAGAGACAUGCUGAGCUCUGAUGAUGGAGAAAAUGAUGUGUUCUUCGACUCGGUGGACUUAUCAUCUCAAGAGUCAAUUGUAGCAAAAGAGGAACCGGGGUUUAGUAAGUUGGAGUAUGAAAUUUGGAUGAAUGAGCCACCAAGUGUUAAGGAAAGACGGGAGAGUUUUCUACGAAAGAUGGGUUUAGCUGAGUUUGAUUCUGCAAAGUCUGGUUCUGUGGAGAUGGAAAUGGAAUCUGGUGCCUCAUCAAAGAUGAUGGGAUUGCAAAGACUUUUGGAAUGCAGUGGAGCUGCCUCAAGCUCUUGCAUCUCUUCUUCUAGUUAUAUUGAAGAAAAUUUGGGUUGUUGUAGAAGGGAAGGGGACAAUCAAGCAAAUCUUAUGCAGAACGAAUUAGAUAGAAACCUACAAGAUAAGUUGAAUUUAGUCUCCAUCCAGGAGGCUGUUCGUAUUAUUUCACCUUCUGCUACAGAUUCUUCCCAGAGAGAAGUUGAGGCUCCAGUAGAAGAAUGUGGGAAUUCACAUGAGGGUAGAAAGAAGAAGGAAAGUUGGUGGAAACAGUUUAUAAACAAGAAGAGAAGAGGUGGGAAAGUUGUAUUUGAGGGAUCAAAACCAGAUACUGAAAUACUCAAACAAAAUAGGAUGAAGGUCCAGGAGAACAGCAAGAGGUGUAUGGAGUUUGCUGCAUUAUGCAAUGGGCAAGAAAUUCAUGCGCACAAGGGGUUUAUAAGGGCUAUGAAGUUUAGUCCUGAUGGCCAAUAUCUUGCAACUGGUGGUGAAGAUGGGGUCGUACGCAUUUGGUGUGUUACAUUGACAGAUGCCUCUUGUAAUUACUUACCAGCUGAAGGCAGCUUUGAUAGCAAACUUAAAAAGAUCAAGUCCGGUUAUCGAGUGAUCUUUCCUGAUAAGGGUUUUCAAAUUGAAGAGUCACCGCUGCAAGAGUUCCAUGGCCAUUCGAGUGAUGUGUUAGAUCUUGCUUGGUCAAAUUCAAAUUGUCUUAUUUCUUCUUCAAUGGAUAAAACUGUCCGUCUGUGGGAAGUUGGUUGCAGUCAGUGCCUAAAUGUUUUCCAUCACAAUGAUUACGUGACAUGCAUUCAGUUCAACCCUCUCAAUGACAAUUACUUCAUAAGUGGAUCAAUUGAUGGAAAAGUUCGAGUUUGGGGCCUUUUUGAGAAGCGAGUUGUUGAUUGGGCUGAUGUGCGAGAGGUUAUAACUGCUAUAUGUUAUCAACCAGAUGGGAAAGGGUUUGUAGUUGGUUCCAUUACAGGCACUUGCCAGUUCUAUGAAGUAUCAGGGGAAUAUCUUCAGCUGGUUGUGCAAAUGCAUAUUCACGGUAGAACUAAAACCUCUGGCAACCAAAUCACUGGCAUCCAG